AUGGAGAAAAUUUUAUCCACUUUUCAUGCCUCUAACAUAGUUUUGCAGCAGCAGUAUCGCGAAAUAGGCUUCCAAAAAUAUUAUGAGCUGAUCACCUGUCUUUUGCUGGCCGAACAAAACAAUGAAUUGCUGUUGAAAAAUCACGAAUCUCGGCCGACAGUGCAAAUCCAUUUCCAGAGGCAAAUGCAAUACAACCGGCAAAUCCGGUGCGUGGUCGUGGGCAGGCCCCGAUAUGUGCCAAAUCGGCAUUAUAAUGACAGAAGGCCGUACAGACCUCAACAAAGGUUCAACACGGGGAGAAACAUAAACAAUGACGAGGAAUGCACCCGUUGUGGAAUCAAAGACCAUUGGGUCCACGUUUGUCGCACAGCCAAUCACUUUGCUGAACUGUAUCGGGCCUUAAAAGAAAGGCAGGGAAGAAUUGUUGUCGAAACAAACCACGCUUCCCACGAUGACACAUUCGAUGAUGUGAUGAAUGAAAAUAUCACGCACCUGGAUGCUGAUGAUCUGCUUGACAUAGCUGAUGAAGUUAAAUGA